UCUCACGAUGCAGACCGUUUUCUUAUUGAAGCUGCUUAACAAGGUCAAUUCCUCCGUCUCACCGCUUCACGUUAUUUGAGUCUCUUCGGAUUAAAUACCAGAUUGUCCAAGAUUAGAUGAAUCCGUAAGAUCGUCAGCCAAGAAUUGAGGUUUCAAGCCUCCUCCUCACCCACAGUAGCGUCAGGCCUCCUGUGAACCAACCUCGCGGGUUCGCUUCUAGCCCGGCUGCCAUAAUCUCCCCCGGUCGGCGGAUGUGAUUCCGGUGCAUGGACGGAUCCCAUCCUGUUGGGACCAUCCAUGACUUCACUCGAGUCCCAGAUGGUCGGGUCUGGUUCCCCUCUGUCGGUAACGGGAGGAGCCUUUGUGCUUGGCUGUUAUUGGAAGCCCUAUAACUAGUCAGCUGGCCCCCAGGAUAUGCGUCCUUUGCAAACGGUUUUCUUACUCUGUUGCAUCAGUUACCAUGCAUCUCUUGUCUGGCGUUGGUGGCUCUUGUGAGUCUACUGAGAGACUCAACAAUGUGCCGAGACGGGAUAGCAGUAUUUCUCUUGAGGAGAGUGCUUAUAAGCGGGACAAUCUCGAUCCUUCAAGGAACACCCUCGCUCCUCUUGAGAGUCAAAAGAUCGAAGACUGCCAUGAUCCCAACCCAGGACAUGGAUGUACCCUUCCUAUACCCAGUCCCUCCUCUUCACCCUCAGUCGUGGCACCAAUAGAUGUCUAUCUUCAGUGCGGCGAGAGCCUCGAAGCUAGGUUGAUAAGGCUCGGUGCGAUCCUGUCUCAAGGGAGACAGACAUCCGAGCCUGAGGACAUAUCUCUGUCACCAGAAGCCUCAAGCUGGGAUGUUGUCAACACCCCACAAACUCUUGAUCGAAAGGUACCAAGUACUCCUGUACUCCAGCCUACACAGUGCCCCAAGGCGACAAACCUUCAACCAACAACGACGGAUCCAGACAUUGAAGAUGUAGACAGAAUGUCCGUCGACUCAAAGUACGUGUCUGAUUUGCUUCUAUCCGAUGCUUCGCAUGUAGCCAGCGAUAGCGCAGACAGCCAUAAGGAAGCGAUCAUUCAGUACCAAAAUGCCCCUAGGCGAGCCAGGCGUGAGGACAGGGCUCGCAUUCACAAGAACCUCAAGAAGCGAACCAACAAGAAGAAAAAAGUCAAGAGCAAGAGUGUAUGAGGAUGAGGUGGGAAGGACUUACCUGUAGGCUUGUUUGUGUGUACCUAGACUUUAAUGGAAGCAGUUUGUGAAUGUAUGCAUUGUUUUCCCCGCUUCUCCUGCGCACUCCGUCCAUGGGCAUGAGGUCGUCGACUAAGGAGUUGCAGUAGGUUCAGGCUCCUUGUCUUUGACAACAUCAAUUGUAAGAAGAAAAGAAAAGAAGACCAGAAGAAGCUAAACAAGUUAGUCACACAUCACCAACCCCUCAGUGAUACAUACCAACAUGCUGCAUAACCCCAAAAGGUGAAGCUCAAACCCUCCAACCAACGCCUUUCCUCUCAUCAUAGUCCGCUGAUGUCUCCAAGUCCGAAC